AUCACAAACCAGGGCACCAUAUUGAAUUGUUUUGAUCCGAACCUCUGCUUCUUACUUCUUUUUACUUGUGGUUUUGGUUGUUUUUUAAUAAAGGAACCACAGUUAAAAUAAGACAACACUGGAGUCUGUCCUCACAAGGACACAAUGAAGCUGACGGAAAUCAAAAAGUUAAAGGUGGCGGAGCUGCGGUCCAGACUGAGAGAAGUGGGGCUGGACAGCGGAGGACUGAAGGCUGAGCUGGUGGUCAGGCUGUGGUCCGCUUUAGACUCGGGACUCAGCGCGAGAGGCGAGGAGACGCGGGUGGAACCACAACCUGACGACUCACCGACACCAGCAGCACCAACAGACACUGUGGAGGACCUCGCUCCGUCCUCCUCGCCGCCGGCGGCAGAAGCCUGUAUUACUGCGCCAUGUUGCCCGGACAGCACCAGAGAGUUUACAGACAGCGGGACACAGACUGAGGCCGAGUCCGGAGUGACUGCACCACAGCUCGGCUCUGAGUUAGUGUCUGAGUCGGUGAAGGGGAACCAGGCCGAGUUAGGAGGAGAGGUGGAGGGUCCCGGGGAGGAGAGGAGAGAUCCGUCCUCCGAGGAGACGAACAGGGGGAGAGCUUUCUACGAGUUUAAAGAGGAGAUACGAUACAAAAGAGUGAAAUCCCCACAACCUCCAGUGGACAGAGAGGAGGCAGAGGAAAAGGAUGAGAAUAGAGUCAGCCUGGAUCUAUAUGACAGUCAUCUCCACUUUGAGGUGGGCGCUGACGGAUCCUGGGGGCAGCCCCGGUUCUGGAAUCAGUUCCCUUCACUGUGGUCGGGCUGCAGGCUCACCCAUGGGGUGCUGCAAGGCAGGGUGGGCUUUGAGGUGAGGCUGGAGAGGAACUUGUUGACUACACGGCAGGAGGAACAAGAGGGGGUGGAGCCCUGUGGUGUUCGAGUUGGCUGGUCAGUGGCUCACUCCUCCCUGCUGCUUGGUGAGGAUGAGCUCUCUUUUGCUUAUGAUGGACACAGUAAAAAAGUGUCAAAUGGAAAGGAAGAGGAGUUUGGAGAAUCUUUCUCAGAGGGGGAUAUCGUUGGCUGUUACGCUUCUUUCUCUGCAGCCGGUGCCGUUCAGAUCUCUUUCCAUAAGAACGGUCGUUUCAUAGGUGUGGCCUUUUCCCUGGGCGCCUCUGUGCUGCAGGGUCGACCUCUGAUCCCUCACAUCCUCUGUAAGAGCUGCUCAGUCAGAUUCCUCCUGGACCCCACAGCUCCUCCCUGGUACCCUAGCCCUCCAGGUUUUACUCCACUGGCAGCUCUCCCUGCUGGGCAGAGGGUGCGCUCGACACUGGGACCUUCUUCCAGAGCACAGUGUGAGGUUUUGUUGAUGAUGGGACUUCCUGGUUCUGGGAAGAGCCACUGGGCCCGGUCUCACAUGAAGCAUCAUCCAGAGAAACGCUACAGGCUGCUGGGCACAGAGGAGCUGCUCGCAUGUACGAUUAGUGGCGAACAGAGGGACAGUAGGCUGAGACAGGCCGCUCAGUGUCUGACUGAUUUAAUUAAAAUAGCUGCUCAGACUCCGGGCAACUACAUUUUGGACCAGUGCAACAUCCUCUUCUCGGCACGCCGUCACAAACUGCAGCUGUUCUCGGGCUACAGGAGGAGGGCGGUGGUCGUUUUUCCACCUGCAGACGAGUGGAGAAGACGACUGUCGCUGCACCAGACGAGCGAGGAGGACCAGAUCCCAGAGACGGCCCUGCUCAAACUCCAAGUGAGCUGCAGUCUUCCAGAGCGGCAGACUGACCUGCUGGAGGAGCUGCUAUAUGUGGACCUGCCCCAGGAGCAGGCGCAGACGCUCUUGCAGGAGUACAAAGACUGCGCUCGCAGACUGCUGCCCCCCGUCCCCAAAAAGGAGAAGAAGAGACCCCGACUUCACAGGAAAAGACCCCUCCCUCAUGGCCCUCCACCAUCACACAGGAUCCAGUGGACUGGUAUGAAUGCGUGGAACAACCCGAGAAUCAACAUGCAGCCAUGGAGUCAGCACCCAACAUAUGUGAGUAUCAUGCAGCUGUGGAAUCCUACACAACCUUUACCACAAAUCAACCUCACGCUCUCUCCCUGGAGAACGAUGUUUUACAGUUGAAGUGAUUUUACUAUUCUAUUACAACUACUAGAAUAUAAAUUACUAUAUUAACAAUAGAGACAACUAUUAGGAAAAGGUCUCAACAGCCUCUUUCUUCCUUAAACAGAAUUAAACAACACUUUGACUGUGAGCUCCUCUGUUUGUACUGAUCAGGAUAUCUGGCUCAUAUCUGCUAUUUAAAAAGCUAAAGGUUUGGUUUAUUUGAUCCUGGUCUAACACUCAGCUUGUCAAACACUAAGUUAUACAACAGCCAGCCCAAGUUGAUUUCACUGUUUAAACAAAGUCACGUUGCCUUUUUGUGUCAUUUAUGUUUUAGUGGAACGUGUCUUAUCGGGACCAGAGCUACAACUACAGCAGAGACUUCGCUCAGAUAUGAGGAUUAUUGAAGAAACCAAUGCUGCUUCAUUACUACAUAUAUACAAGGUUUUUACAAGGACAGUAAUUCUCUUGAUAAGUUAUAGAAAUUUGUAUAAAAAAGGUGACUAAAUCAUGGAGAACUGCAGAUUGUAUGUUGCAGGGAGUGCUUUAAUCAGUCAAUGCCAUCCGUGCUGUAGUAUUUUAAGAAAUUUGACGAUAAAAACCAGGUCACUUUAUAAUUUUUACUCAAAAUAAGAAAAAAUGUUUUUACUGUACAGUUUACAAAUGAUGAAAACAGUAUUUGCACAGUUUUAACACCAGUAUUGUUCAGAAUGCUUAAAGAGUGAAUAAAAUUUCGAUGAAA